GACGCUUUCAGUGGGCACAGAGGAGCGGCGGCUAUGCGGUCGCUUCAAAAUCCCUUCUGCUUCAUUCUGCAGGUUCGUAAAUACCCAUCUUUUCACGUUAAACGAUCCUGUAAUGGCUUUCUGCUGCUCCUCCAGUGCCCGCUGGUUUUUCUUAGAAUUGCUUAUAUGUGUGUUCACGUUUUUAAGUUACUUUUGUUGUCUGGGGACGUUGAAUUAAACCCCGGCCCUAUCACUAACGCUGAUAUUCUGGCUGCCAUUGCUGAACAGUCUUCUAAAAACGAUGCGCGUCAUACCGAAAUGGUUGACAUGCUAAAUCAGGUCAAGGAUAACCAGCAUCAGCUAGAACUAAAAGUGUUAGACAUCAAUUCAAGACUUGCAGCAGUCGAAUCACUUGUAGAAUUACUAGAUGUGCCAAAGCAUCCUACUGAACUGUCUAAUGUUGUUAGUGAGGCCGUCCGAGGCGAAACUACCGUUCUGAAUUCAAGACUUAAUGAGCUUGAAGAUAGAUCCCGUCGUGACAAUUUACUUUUCUACGGUAUCGCCGACACCCUUUCCGAAGACUGGUUGCAGUCAGAAUCUCAUAUCCGCGAUAAUCUUUCCACAAUAUUAGGACUAGAUCUACCUGGCGAGGCAAUAUCCCGUGCUCAUAGAUUAGGCUCAUACUCAACUAAUAAAUGCCGGCCAAUAAUUGUUAAAUUCUCUUCCUCUAAAUUCAAGGCGAAUGUGUUUUCUCAGCGUUUUAAGUUGAAAGGAACAGGAAUUUCAGUCAGUGAGGAUUUCUGUCCGGCUACGCGGCAGUUACGUAAAAAGUUAAUCGAUUUCGGUAAAGGCACCGGUCAGAGGUUCUCGCUCAAACUAAACAGGCUGCUCGUUAAUCAAAAGGUGUAUACUUACUGCCCUGUAACAGAUUGUGUUUGCGAAGUGACUCCUAGUCACGCUCGUGAAGCUAACAACGCCGCGUCUCUCCCUCCGGGUGCCAAUAAUACAGUUUCCGCUCCGCAACCGGGCACCGAUAACGCAGUUUCCGCACCUGGUCCAAGCAAUUAUAAUUCACACGCGUCAUCAACAUAACUAUGUAAAGGCCCGGCGACUAACGCUAUCUCAAUAUUGUAUUCUAACGUGCGAAGCGUGUGCAACAAACGCGACGCUUUGUCAUCUCUUAUCGACACGUGUACAGCUGAUAUUGUUAUCCUGACCGAAACGUGGCUUUCUAGUAAAAUUGCUGACAGU